UUGAAGCGGUCGGUCUCUGGCGGCUGCCGCAGGGAGGGGGCUGAGGCGGCUGCGGACUGGGGGGCGCCCCUCUCCCGGCCGGGGGGAGCGGCACGCGGAGCAGCAGAGCAGUGACCUAAGACUUUUUGGAGGGCAGUACGCCUAGAGAUACACGCCGCCCUUCAUCACGCACACUCCUCCAGCACCAUGUCAGGAAACCACACUCCCUCUUCUGGGGGCCCCUUCUCAGCUCUCACCCCCAGCAUCUGGCCACAGGAGAUCCUGGCAAAGUACACCCAGAAAGAAGAGUUGGUGGAGCAGCCGGAAUUCCGGUACGAUGAAUUCGGCUUCCGAGUGGAUAAGGAAGAUGGCGCUGAGCCAAACUCCAGCAAGCUGCUGGGGAUUCCGCUGACGGAGGAGCCACAGCAGAGGCUGAAGUGGCAGGCCCACCUGGAAUUCACGCACAACCACGACGUGGGGGACCUCACCUGGGACAAAAUCGAGGUCACGCUGCCGGUUUCGGACAAGCUGCGCUCACUGGUGCUGGCUGGCAUCCCACACAGCAUGAGGCCUCAGCUGUGGAUGCGUCUCUCUGGGGCCUUGCAGAAGAAGAGGAAUUCGGAGAUGUCCUACCGAGACAUUGUGAAAAACAGCUCCAAUGACGAAACUAUCUCUGCCAAACAGAUCGAGAAGGACCUGCUCCGCACCAUGCCCAGCAACGCCUGCUUCUCCAACAUGAACAGCAUCGGGGUGCCACGACUGCGCAGGAUACUCCGGGGACUAGCCUGGCUUUACCCAGAGAUCGGAUACUGCCAAGGCACCGGCAUGGUGGCGGCUUCCCUGCUGCUCUUCUUGGAGGAGGAAGAUGCCUUCUGGAUGAUGUGUGCCAUCAUCGAGGACCUGGUACCUGCCUCCUACUUCAGCACCACGCUGAUGGGAGUGCAGACCGACCAGCGCGUCCUACGCCACCUCAUCGUGCAGUACCUGCCACGGCUGGACAAGCUCCUGCAAGAGCAUGAUAUUGAGCUGUCCCUGAUCACCCUGCACUGGUUCCUCACGUGCUUCGCUAGCGUUGUGCAUAUCAAACUGCUGCUGCGCAUCUGGGACCUCUUCUUCUACCAGGGUUCGCUGGUGCUCUUCCAGGUCACACUGGGCAUGCUCAGUAUGAAGGAAGAUGAGCUAAUCCAGUCGGAGAAUUCUGCCUCCAUCUUCAACACUCUCUCGGACAUCCCGUCUCAGAUCGAGGAUGCGGAGGUGCUGCUGCGGGAGGCCAUGCGCGUCGCUGGCUCACUGACAGACAUGGCAGUGGAGACCCAGCGCCGCAAGCACCUGGCUUACCUCAUCGCUGACCAAGGGCAGCUGCUCAACCCCAGCGCCGCUGUCAAUAAUCUAUCCAAGAUUGUGCGGCGCAGGACCCAGCGCAGGAAAUCUGGCAUCACCUCGUUGCUUUUCGGUGAGGAUGAUUUGGAGGCACUGAAGGCCAAGAACAUCAAGCAGACUGAGCUGGUGGCCGACCUUCGUGAGGCGAUCCUGCAGGUGGCACGGCAUUUCCAGUGCGUGGAUCCAAAGAACUGCAGCAUUGACCUGACUCCGGAUUACACCAUGGAGAGCCACCAGCGGGACCACGAAAACUACGUGGCAUGUUCCCAGAACCGCCGGCGCCGAGCCAAGGCACUGCUGGACUUCGAGCGCCAUGACGAUGACGAGCUGGGCUUCCGCAAGAACGACAUCAUCACAAUCAUAUCCCAAAAGGACGAGCACUGUUGGGUGGGGGAGCUGAAUGGACUGAGAGGUUGGUUUCCUGCAAAAUUUGUGGAGGUCUUGGAUGAACGGAGCAAAGAGUACUCCAUUGCUGGCGACGACUCGGUCACAGAGGGGGUGACAGACUUGGUCCGAGGGACGCUCUGUCCAGCACUGAAGUCUAUAUUUGAGCAUGGGUUAAAGAAGCCGUCCCUGCUGGGGGGGCCCUGCCACCCCUGGCUGUUUAUCGAAGAGGCCGCUGGACGGGAGGUGGAACGAGACUUCGACUCGGUGUACUCCCGCCUCGUGCUCUGUAAGACUUACAGGCUGGAUGAAGAUGGAAAAGUUCUGACUCCAGAGGAGCUGCUUUACCGGGCAGUGCAGUCCGUGAACAUGACGCAUGACGCUGCACAUGCUCAGAUGGACGUGAAGCUUCGCUCCCUCAUCUGCGUUGGACUCAAUGAGCAGGUCCUGCACCUGUGGCUGGAGGUGCUGUGCUCGAGCCUGCAGACAGUGGAGAAAUGGUUCCAUCCCUGGUCCUUCCUGCGCAGUCCUGGCUGGGUGCAGAUCAAGUGUGAGCUCAGGGUCCUCUCCAGAUUUGCAUUCAGUCUCUCUCAGGACUGGGAACUUCCUAUUAAGAGAGAGGAGAAGGAGAAGAAGCCGCUGAAGGAAGGCGUGCAGGACAUGCUGGUGAAGCACCAUCUCUUCAGCUGGGACAUAGAUGGCUGACCCCGCCCACUGAGGACCUUCUAGACUGCCACACUCAACACACACUCUCCUCCCUCCCCCACCCGUGGCUGCUCUCAGCCCAGCUGAAGCGACAGCCUCUCCAGCUCGGCUGGGCACUGCACCCCAGGCACUGGGUGGCUGGAGGGCUGUGUGUGGUCUUGCAGGCAGAAAUCCUUCCCCCAGCCUGUGCAGCAUACCCUGCACCAGCUGCCCAGCUCUCAGUCCCAUGUGUUCCCUUGCCCCCAGCUGUAAGCCCUGCUCGGGGUGGGGGGGAACUCCACCGGCCAGAUCUCUAGCUUCCCUUUUGGCCCACCCCGCUGCUCCUCUGGCAGAGGGUUCUUAAUCUGCCUCAUGGCCCCUCUCCCUACUAUCCUAGGGGUAGUGAGCAGAUCUGUGUGUCUGUGCAAUGUUUCCAAGUGCCGCUGGAGCCCAGAAUGUGAGGGCAGCAGGUGAAGAGGCAGCUCCCCCUGGCUGCUUGAUAACUGCAGAGUCCAUUGAGGGGGAAGGCUGAGGAAUGCACAGAACCACCUGAACUUCCCUGUCUCUUGUGCUUUGGGAGCCUCCCUUGGUGAAAGAUUUUUUGUCUUAUUGCUCUAGCAGUGUAAGGGACGGAUGGGGGUGCUGACAAGAUGUGCCUAAGGGAGCAGCCAGUUACCAACUAGAACUGCCUUAGGGGAUGGGGCUUUUUCUCAAAAGUGGGGAGGCGAGCCCCAGUUCUCCCCUAGCCAGAGGGAGUAUCAUGCUGUCGUUUUAGCCUCUAGCUGUGUUAUUUUAAAUUAACCAAAAAGAUGUAAAUGAUCUCUAGACAUAUCUGUAUAUUUUGGCAUCAUCUUAGCUCAGGAAGUGGGUUCAGGCCUGAGCUGGCUCAGGGAGACUAACUCAGCCCCUGCCCUGUGGGAAGAGGCUGAGGACUAUAAGCUAGGAGUGGACCAACACUACUGCUGUAGGGUAGCUCUGUUCCAUGGCGUCUGUGACUUUAUCAAUGAAAGCACUUGUUUGUGAGCACAAACUACUCAUGAAAUAACACUAGAUUCUUACUUUCCUUUAGUCUUUGGGGUUGUAAAUAAAGUGCAUCUUGGGAGAGCUUUGGUGGUUUUCUCCAGCAGGGAUGGGGGUGGCGGAUGAGCCUUCCUUUGCUUUGCUGUUGCAGGUCUCUGUGGGGUUUAAGAUGGACGCCUGCUCUCUGAGCUCCUGGAGGGAAAGUGGAAUCCUUUACAGGAGCAGAGAAUUUGUCUCUAUCUCACUCAGUGACCCUGAAAUCACCUCCUCUCUUUUGUCCCUGUUUCCAACUGAAAUGGGUCUUAAUCCUUUACGGCUUGGUUUGGAAUUUAGCAAAUGGGAGAAGGCUGCAGUGUGCAGUGGGAUUUAUAGGCGCACAGAAUUGCAUCCCCACCCCUGCAGGGAAGGGUGCCCCUCGGUAUUGCAGAAUUGAAUAUUCAACUGUGGCUACGGCAUUAGCACCAAUUCUACAGCGCAACAAUAGGGCCAGGAAAGACUAGGUCAAGCCUGGCUUGCUGACUAAAGCAGGUAUCAGAACCAGCAGCACACUGCACCAGAACUAGUGAGAGCAUGGUGGGAUAGAAUAUUCAGGACACUUCUAAUGGUGACAUUUGUCAACAACAGCGUUUUAAACUGUACAAAUAAAAAUCACAUCCCCUGGGACUUCAGUGUGAAAAGACACAGCAGGAAAAGCUGUUCUGCACUUUUUCGUCUGUCAUGCAGUUUAAAAAAAAAUAAAGGUUCUUGGCAAGGCAACCAUGUGCCUCAGCGUAGGGGAGUGGGGAAGAGAGGCUGUCUCAAAUCAGAGUUCAGGGCUGAACACAGUUAAGAGGUAGGGUGCCCUUUAUACUUCCAGGAGGGAACCAAAGAAAACAGGAGAGCCUUGCUUGACAGCUCUUUAGGAAUUGUGCACUCCUGUGUCCUAAACCCAACCGAUGGAAACCUUGAGAAGGUUGGAGACAAAUCGGAGCAGGUACGGAUGAGCACAAGGCAUGCCAGCCUGUUUCUAUAACAGGAAUGGAUCCAUUUGCAGGACACUUGCUCCUUGGGGAUGCUCCACUGUAGGAUGUGCACACACCAUAUACUCUUGACCAGAGACUGUAAACAACAGUGUUGCAGUGCCACACCUGGAGCUCCAGGUGAGGGCAUACAGGGGGGUGUAGACCCACUGCUGCUCCAGUUCCUUCUCAACUAUGAAACCUGGCAGACUCUGCACCUGAGGGGAAGAAGAGCAGGAGGCAGAACACCCUGAUGCAUAAAACAUCUUGAAGAACUCACAUUACUGUACAGCUAGGUAGCCUCCCUCUGACCUGAGGGAUGCUCCAGUGUAGGAGAUGCCUAAGCAGUAGGUCAACACGGAGGUGAGUAGUGAAUUGAAGACAGGUUGGAGGACUGUCACCCAAGGUCAUGUCAGCUAUGGAUGCAGGUCUGAUGGCGUAAUGUUUGACAAAUGUGUGAAUCAAGGAGCAGGUCGCAGCCCUGCAGGUUUCUGAGAUGAUGUCCUUAAAGAGGGUGAUAGCAGUGGACUGAGCCUUCGCUUGCUGAGGGGGAUAUUUCACAGCAGAUCAAGAUACAAUCAAACCCUCUUGGACAGGCCUAGGGGAAAUCAGCUGCCCCCUCAUCCUUUUCGCCAAGGAUCCAAAGCGUCUUAAUGCUGGCAGGGUAGAUGGCAAGAACCCUACGUACAUCUAAUGUUUGGAGACUAGCUUCCUCCCUCAAGGUAGGGGCUUAGCCAUUUACUGGUAAGUGCUGACAUGGGUAGUGGCCUUCCCUUAGUUCCAGGAUGUUGAUUUGGAGUGAACUCUCUUGUGUGAGGACCAUUUUCCCUGUGCUGUAGCACUCCACCCAAAAGAGGCAUCCAGUGUGAAGAUUUUUUGAGAAUGGGAUUUCCACACCAACCUUCAGAGGAUCUUUCCACCUAAGCGAGGCUAGUACUCAGGGAGGCACAGUGAUUUGUUUGGGGCAUACAUAAUCCUUCGCAAGGCCUGACCAUCUGAGAUGCAGCCUUGCAUCUGGCAUAAUGAAUGUGGAGGCCGACAUGGCCUAGGAGUUGGCUGGGGGCUGUCUGAGUGGUUUCUGUGGCUUUCGGUGCCCUGGAGGUGGUCAUCUUGGUCUUAGAUGCAUAUGCUAGAGGUGUCAAAUAGUAGCAAGCAAGGUGCCUCUUGGUGCUGCUUGUUUGAAGACUUCUCUGAGUAGGUGGUGUUAGGCCAUACCAGAGUCUCUGGCAGAAGAAAGUGGCUUUCUUCUUUAGAGGCCUUCAGCUCUGAAACUCAGUCUGGAGGGCACUGGUAUGGCCUGAGAGGUUGAGGCUAAUGUUAAGGGGCAUGUUCCUCGAGGAGGAGCUUCAGUCUAGCCUCUCUAUCCUUGUUAGACCUGCCGUUAAACCCCCGGCAGACUUUGCACUUGGAUGGGACAUGAGAUUUUCUGAGGGACCACAGACAGCUUCUAGGUCCUAUCACUAUAAGGAAAAGACUCUGGCAGGGCUGGAACCUUGGAGUCUUAAGCAUAAUCUGGGUAAGUGUCAUAGACCACAAAGGCUGAAGGGGCAAGAAUUUCAGAGUGCCCCUCCCCCCCAAGUUGUGCAACAACUAAGGGGAAAAAAACCAAAACUAAUAGGCUAGGAAGCAGCUGUCAAUGCAGUUGCUCCAGCUUGAGCUGCAGGCAGUUAAGAAGUGGAGUGGUGAGGGGUCUAUAUCUCCCUACGUCCUUUCAUCUGGGAGCACAAGACCCUGCACUUCACAGGCACUCACCGUUAUUUACAAUCUCGGGUCAAGAGUGCAGGGUGCAUACAUGUCCUACAGCCGAGCCCCCAUAAGGGCACAUACUAAAUAACUGGAUCUCCAACUCCCAUCCAAAGAGGGCAGCACCCUCCCCUCUACAUUGGUAAAAUGUCUUCCCCUUGGUUCAGUCGUGGAGAAAUGGAGGUGGGUUAAAAUCUGUCCUGACUGUCUGGACAGAGAGAAACUUGCU